AUGGAAUAUAUAUUCCUAUCUUACCCACCGAACCUUACUCGUUCUCUUCAAAUUUAUAAAAUAUGCUCGCUUGUUUGUAUAAUUUUCAUCACUGUCAGGCUUUGUUGUUGCGCUACAAACAAUCAAACUAUACCAAAACAAAAUGUUGCAAUCACACCUGAGCUAUCUGACUUAUCUCAUAACAAAAGAAAAGCACUAUAUACUCCAUAUUGGGCUGUAGAAAUCAAAGGAGGUGAAAAGGCUGCGCGUGCUAUAGCCGAAAAAUACGGAUUUCUAUAUCUUGGAGAGAUUUUACCUGGAAUUUAUCAUUUCAAGCAUAAUCGUAUUUCCAAAAGAUCUUUGAGACAAAACAAUUAUUAUCAUGAUCAAUUAGCUAAUGAUGAACAGGUAGUAUGGUUAGAACAACAAGUUGCAAAGGUUCGAGUUAAACGAGAUGUGCACAUUCCAGUUAAAGAUCCGAAAUGGCCUCAGAUGUGGUAUUUAAAUCGUGGAGGUCCUGGUGGUCUUGAUAUGAAUGUUCAAUCAGUUUGGGCACGUGGUUAUGCAGGUCAAAGUGUCGUGGUUACUAUUCUAGACGAUGGUUUAGAAACAGAUCAUCCAGAUUUAAAAGAUAAUUACGAUCCAUUUGCAUCAUAUGAUGUGAACAGUAAUGAUGAUAAUCCAGAACCUCGUUAUUUAACAAGAGAUAAAAGUAAUACCAACCGUCAUGGUACUCGUUGCGCUGGUGAAGUGGCUGCUGCCGCAAAUAAUAGUGUAUGUGGAUUAGGUAUAGCUUAUAAAGCUCGUAUAGGUGGCGUACGUAUGUUAGAUGGUGAUGUGACCGACGCAAUGGAGUCACGUUCAUUAAGUCAUCAGCUACAACAUAUUGAUGUAUAUUCUGCAUCAUGGGGUCCGGAAGAUGACGGUAAAACAGUUGAUGGUCCAGGCAAACUUGCUCAAAUGGCAUUUCGUAAUGGAAUACAAAUGGGUCGACGUGGUUUGGGAUCAAUUUUUGUAUGGGCCAGUGGGAAUGGUGGUACAAGUCAUGAUAACUGCAAUUGUGAUGGGUAUACAAAUAGCAUUUAUACACUAGGUGUUGGAUCAGUUUCAGAGCAUGGAUCUGUUCCGUGGUAUGCAGAAUUAUGCUCUUCAACGUUAGCUGUUACCUAUAGCAGUGGAGGACGUGGUGAACGUGGUGUUAUUACAACAGAUUUAAAUCACACUUGUACUGAUAAUCAUUCUGGUACAUCGGCCAGUGCACCAUUAGCUGCUGGUAUAUGCGCUCUCACCUUGUCAGCCAAUCCUAAUUUAACUUGGAGAGAUUUACAAUAUUUAGUUGUUUAUACAGCACGUCCAGAUGGUUUAUAUGCAGAUGAUUGGCAUGUGAAUGGUGUUGGUCGACGUGUAUCACAUGCAUUCGGUUAUGGUUUAAUGGAUGCCGCCGCUAUGGUUGAUUUAGCUUUGAAUUGGACUAAUGUACCACCACAACGUGUAUGCGAAGCUCAAGCUCCAAUGACCGGUGAUCCAAUUACUAUAAGACAAAUGUCUAAAGAAAAUUUAGCUUUAACUACUGAUGGUUGUGAAUCAGCCGCAGCUCUUGCAGGUGAUCUAUCACAUCGUGUUGUACAUUUGGAACAUGUACAAGCUAAAGUAACUCUAAGUAGUGUACAACGAGGUGAAAUUGAAUUGUGGUUAACGUCUCCAGCUGGAACUAUUUCACAACUUUUAAGCAAAAGGCCAAAAGAUAUUGAUGUCGCUGGAUUUCAUGCAUGGCCAUUUAUGUCUGUACACUAUUGGGGUGAAUUAGCCAAUGGUACUUGGAAAUUAACAGUUAAAUCGGGAAAUGCUGUCGUUUUGAUUCAUGAUUGGAGCUUAAUUUUAUAUGGAACAAAUACUCCACCACCAUCUGUACCAAGUUCUUCGCAUAGACGAGGUGUCAGACAACUUCCCAGGAACCAAGAGUCUAAUCCUUCUGCAAAAUCUCAAAAAACAUGGAUUGAUCCACAGAAAGACAAAUUUCAUUCAUCUAAAACUUCACAACAGCCUCAACAAAAAUCCAUUGAAACAUCAAAGCACUAUUCCUUAGAUUCUGUUUUAAAUCCUAUUAAUCAAGAAAAUGGUGAUCAUAGCUCUAUUGGUUCAUCGGAAAAUCAAAACUCUUAUCCUUAUCCACCAUUUUACUAUUUAAACAAUCAAAACUCUUAUCGAUAUUGGCCUACUUGGAAUAGUGAGUACCAGAGUUUGUCACCUGUUCAAGCCCCACCUCCACCUCCUCCUCCACCUCCACCUAUACCGACGAUCUCUGUCCUGUCAUUACCACCGCCUUCAGCACCACUAUCUUCUUCUUCCUCCUCCUCAUCCUCUUCUGCCGCUUCACAUUCUUUAUCCUCUUCUUCUUCAUCAUCUCAUGAAUUCUACCCUAAUUAUUUUCCACAAUCUUCUAUUCCCUUCUCUUCUACCGGUCAUUCUUCAUCAAAUCAUGGUUUAGACGAAUCAAAUCCUCCAAUUGAAUUUGAUCUACCAUCAUUAGUUGUACAGUCGAAUGAUUUCACACAUAUUGAAACAUCUAAUACACUCGAUCGAAAUGGUUAUUCCGAACACGAAGUUAGUUUAUCUCAAAAUCAUGGACAAUUAUUAGUUAAUCAUGAUGAGUCAAUACAACGUAGCAAUCAUAAAAUUGAGAAUAAUAACAAUUAUAUUAAUAUUAAUAAUAAAAACACAUUGAAUAAUUCUGUUUAUUCUAUUAAUGUAAAUUUCCUUUAUCUAUUAUCCUCUCUAAUCUUAUUUAUUUUAUUUGUCUACUGA